AUGUCUCUCGUUCCACCACUCUUGUUCCACCUCUCUUUGCACCCGUCUUUCUUUCCAUCCCUCUUUUCUUUCACCUUUCUCGUUCCACCGCUCUCUCUUUCCAUAUCUCUCUUUGCACCCCUCUCUCUCAUUCCCCCCCUCUAUUUCCACCUCUCUCGUUCCACCUCUAUCUCUUUCUACUUCUCUCUUUUGACACCUCUUUCUUUCUAUCCCCUCUCUUUCCGCCUCUAUCGUUCCACCUCUCUCUCUCUUUCUACUUCUCUCUCUGCACCUCUUUUUUCAACCCCGCUCUUUCCACCUGUCUCGUUCUACCUCUCUCUCUCUCCACCUCUCUCAUUUCACUUUUCUCUCUUUUCACCUCUCUUUUUGCACCGCCUCUCUCUUUGCACCCUCUCUCUCUUUGCACCACCUCUCUCUUUGCACCCCUCUCUCUUUGCACCCUCUCUCUCUUUGCACCCCUCUCUUUGCACCCUCUCUCUCUUUGCACCCCUCUCUCUUUGCACCCUCUCUCUUUUUACACCCCUCUCUUUCCACCUUUCUCCAAUCUCGUUCAUAAUUACGACUGUAAUUAAUUAUCUAUCUAUCUAUCUAUCUAUCUAUCUAUCUAUCUAUCUAUCUAUCUAUCUAUCUAUCUAUCUAUCUAUCUAUCUAUCUCACGUAACCAUGGUUACUAAGAGCUUUCUUGAGAUUCCCACCAAAAUGACGCUUCCGACUUUGUUCCUCGGUCUUUUCUUCAUUAAUUCCAGUAAUGGACUGGAACAGAAUUCUUCGAGGCUGGCAGAGAUUCCUGUACGAAUCUCAAAAUGUGCCCCACAACGAAAAAGGAAUUUAGUUGCUUUGGAAAGGUAA